AUGGAAAUCUCCGACCAAACCGUGCAGAAGAUCGAGAGAUUCGCAGUGAACGGCCAAGUAGCUGAGCGCGAGUUUGCACGCGAGCCUCUGAGUGACACUUCCUUACAUGCCUACACAAGACGGCUGGACACAACCCUGAAAGCUCUUCAAGAGCAAGUCAAACGCCAGGAAAACGAUCUGAACAAGCUACGCGAGCUCAAUUCCACUGAACUCCCCGAACCGGGGACUGAUACAUGGGCUCGCAUUUCGCAAGCCCGACGGGCCAAAAAAGCAUACGAAUCGGUCCUCAAGUCUGACCAUGAGCUUCCAGCAACAGACUCAGUGUUGCCCUCGCUUCUCGCGCUGGAAGAAACAGCGCGGCUCAUCAAGGACAAUAAGACUUCAGUCAAGAUGACGGCCGAACAGCUAUCCACAGAUCGAGAUCGUCUCCGAGUAGAAGACGCCAAUCUCCGCGAUUCUCAAGCAAUCGCUAGUGGGCUCCGAGAGCGCAUUCAGAUCAUCCGCAAUGCGCACGCAAGGAAAAGCGACCAGACUCCGUCCCAGGUUGCGCGUGAGCAGGUUGUCCAGCAGAAGAGUCAGAAUAAAGAGCUUGACCGUACGUCUGCGCGUCUGAAGGUUGACCUGGAUAAGUUUAUAGAUGAUACCCUUGCUCCGAUGCUUGCUGCUGAGGAUUUGGGUGGACCGACUGUUGGUGAUGAGCUUGAGGUGUCGGAUGCUACGCUCAAGGCUGGGUAUACGGCGCAUGGCAAGCCUAAGAAACAGAAGCAGCCUGUUGAGGAGGAUGGAUCGCAAAAGCGGAUUGAUCAGUUCCUGCAACGCAAUGGAGAUGAGACGUCUCGGAAUAAGAGGGAAGCUGCCGCGAAGGAAAUUCAUCAGCUUCUUGAUGAUUUAUUGGAAGCCAAUGCUUCAUAUAUCAAUCUCAAGCGUGACUCGGCAUCUUCGAGGUUCCUUGUUAGAGCCAAGGUUGCUCAGUUCCACCCUCGAGAUGCACGACGACUUCGAUUGAUUGAUUUUGGUCGCUCGCUAGGAAACUGA